GGACUUCAAGCUUGAAGCAAUCUACAGUCAGAAUCUUUGGUUUUAAUAGUCCAAGAUAUCAGAACCUCUUCAGUCACAACUCUGACAGCUGUGCAAGAGGACAUCCUUGAUCCUUCAAGCCAGGCUUCAGUUUCCCUUGACUCCCAUUUUUAGUCUUUGAGCAUUGCCCAUUACCCAAUUAUAAUUGCUGUUAAAAAUCAUAAUUAUUUUUCGCGUGCAGAUGAGUGAAGCAGAUAGAGAUGUGAAAGUGACCUUAUGGUAAAAAUGAUUACUUACAUUACUAGCAUCAAAAUCAGUACAUUCUCUCCCAGCCCCAGAAGUUGCAGUCUUGCAGUUGACUAGUGUGAAAAUACUAGUACAAAUAGUUUAUUUUUUUAGGCAGGUACCACCAGUAUCUUCAUAACCAUUUUAUAUACCUAGGUUUAAGCAAGACAGUGGUGAACACUGUGUUCUGUUUUAUAGUAUGGACUUCAUGGACAUUGCUAGAUUCUUGUAGUCUUAUUUCGGAGUUCUGAAACUUUUUUGUGUGUGUUUAAAUAUAGUAUAAUUGAAACCUUAUUGUGAAGACUAGAAUGAAGCCAAAUGGAUAUUCCAUCUUCAGUAGUUUGCUUGAGAUGGUUUGAAUGACAGCUACCAUUCUUGAUGUGUAUUCUUAGUGGAGAGUGAUCUUUUUUGGAGCUGAGUAUGUACAUUAUAGGGAGAUUUACCUUUUUUUUUUCUUUUUCAAUCUGAAAAUAAAGAUGUAAGACUGGAUGCUCAUCCUGGUGCUUUACUUGUAUCAUACACCAUCUCUACUGCCUACUUAAUAUGUGUGAGCUAAGCUGAAAAAUUGCAUGUGCCAUCAAUUUAAAGGUGAGGAUAUGCAGUGUCUUCUGCAGAUUUAGUCUCACCAUUAACAAAAUUUUAUUUUGGUUGCUCAAGUUUGCAAUCUGCCAUACUCGUUUUAAAAAAAGAAUCUCCCAUGUCUGAAUUUACAAACUGGGGAAAAAGAAUGUAUAUUUUAAAUAAAAAUUCCAGUAGUAGCAGUUGUGGCUUCAAGAUGGUAUAUUUUUUAUUUCCUUCCUUUUUAACCAAAGGGCAUUAGUUCAUUAGUACACCAAAAUAUCCUUUGAGCAAGAAGCAUUUGACUGUAUGCUUUAAUCUUAUUUCAACUCUGCAGAAAAUCUUAUGUUUGGAAUUUUCCUAACCAAUUUUAGCAUUCCCACAGCUUUUGCUAGUUCUUUCUUGCAAUAGUGCAAGAUGUAUCCUAUGUAAAACAUCCUCUUGUGGAUCCUUGCAGUUGUGAAAUAGGUGCUCAGCUGUAUUUUCUGUCCUUCCAUGUUUGGCUGUAGCAAUCAUCUUUGUGUUGAUGUUCCAUUGCUUCUCUUUUUUUUUUCUGUUGUGUUUUUGAAUGCUAUGGUAUUACUCCAGUAAGACCAUCAGAAGCAGUUGUCGCUUAAUGUUACCUUUCUUGCGUCUUCACCCUGCUGGAACGUGGAUCUGAAGAAGUGGAGAUACUGACAAAAUUUGAAGGAACUUCUGCCUUCCUAAUUGAAACUAUUAAGUAGAUGAUGGAAAGAUAUUGUUUGCUAUUGAGAAGUAAUGCAAUCAAUGGACUUGCAGCUCAGGUAGAAAAGAAAAAAAGAGAAAAUGGUUUUCUUCACAUAUGAGAUUAAAAACUGAUUUAAUCAAACCUAGCAAACAGCAUCAUAGUCUGAUGAAGCUGGAAAUGACCUUUUUUUUUUCUCAAACUGCUGAAGCUUUAGAAUUUUGCAGUCUCGCUUUGCAUCAAAAGUCUUGCAGCACAAUUUAAUACUGAAUUAGUUGGGGUAAGCAAGGACAGAACAUAAAGCUCUUGUUUCUCUCGUUUCAAACAUCUUCUGUUAUUAAGAAUUUUCAUCUCUUGAGAUACCAGUAGUUCAUGAAUACAGUACUUACAUGAAGCCUUCAUUUACAGUUCUGGAGAAUGAGAGUUUUGUAAUAUUUCUGUGGUUUUGCAAAGUAGGUAAGUCAUCACAUAGCAGAUCCUAGUUUGAAUAGGAACAAAGCUAAGGAGUCAUUUUCCCUAGAGUCAUGUUACAGAAGCGGUUUAUAGGAUAUUAGAUUAAAGAAACGGGGUUUACAGAUCUGUGUAUUUAGCUUGUUGAAUACAUUUCAGAAACAACUAGUAUUUUAUGAAUUGCUUUUAAAAUCAGAUCUGUCUUCUAUGGAAUUUGAAAGCAUAAUUCACUAAAUAGUUUUUCAGCAUUAACAACUUGCACCACUUGCAGUCGUUCUGGGUGUUCUUCAUCCAGGCAAUAUGUAUAACAGUACAAAUGUUUAAUACAGUUAUGUAAGUAUAAAGCACAAGCGAAAGAUGUAAAAGGGCAAAGAGAAUUUAAGUGGAUAAUACAGGAGGUCUUCUACAUCAUUUGAAAGCAGAUCUUUAGCAAUGAUGUCAGGUUCACUGUUAUAAGAAAGGAUUGUAAAAAAUCACUACCAUAGAAAUCUCCUGAAACAGAGUUUUGAGGUAUUUAACCUGUGUAACUGGAAUUCUACGUCCUUCCCGAAUAGUUCCACUGGAAGUAUUGCCUCUCAGUGUCUUUAGAUAUUAUUGAUACUCAGUGAAGUUUUAAAAUUUUUCUACAAAAUAGUCAGAAGUUAUUAUUUUAGACCAAGGGAUCUUUCCAGCACUUUGAAAAUACUCUCUGUACCUAAAGCAGUUGAAGUGACUGAGAUGAAAGAUGUUCUUAAAUUAUACUCAUUUUGGUGUUGGAAACAUUCUUUAAAUAACUGUUAGCUCUGAAUAAAAUAACUGGGCAACACAGAAGUGGUGUGUUCCUUAUUUUAAACAAAGCGAUCAGUCACUGCAAAUUAGAGGUAGCUGGAAGCCAAACUCUUGGCCUCAUAUUCACCAGUAAAGAGAAUAAAAGCUUCCUGGAAGUCAUUCAGUAAUGAUGGUCUAAGGAAUGUGAUGUAAAAUACCAACUAAUUUAGAACAACUUGAUGUUUCUGUGCUCAUCAUAUUUGUCAAAAUGCUUGAACAUCUCUUACUGCCCUGGAAGGCUGCAGUUGUAGAUACAUUUCUGCUGUUAGGAUGAUGAUCAUAUUUGAAGGAAUGCAAGGACAACGUGAUCUUGCAACAAAAUCUUCAAGUCUUUUCGAACAUAAGUUUAGUAGUUCUUAGAGUUGUUGUUUGGUGGUGAGGUUUGGUUUGUUUUUUUUUCACAUUCAUAUCAAUUAUUUCAUAGUAGUCUGAAAAAGUCCUCUGAGUAGGAUUUGGUAGCAGGUUACAAAAAACAAAGAGGUUAUGAUAGUCCUUGGACUGCUGAAAAAGGCAAAAAAGCAAAAGAUUAUUUCUUGAGAAGAUCAUACCAUGUCGUAAGGCUGGAGAUGGAUGUAAAGCUGCAAAAAAAAGAACUUGCCAGGUUUAUGGUAGGUUGUGGUAGAUGUGAUGAUUGGUUUCAUGGUGAUUGUGUUGGACUGAGUCUUUCUCAAGCACAGCAGAUGGGUGAAGAAGAUAAAGAAUAUGUGUGUGUGAAAUGUUGUGCUGAAGAAGACAAAAAAAUGGAGUGUUUCGAUCAGAGUGUACCAGAUACUCAAGUGAAGCUUGAAAUCCAUAGAGAAGAAAAAGCGAUUGAGUAUGAAAAACUGGGGAUGUCGAAGCAAACACCUGCUUGUAAUCUAAAUGUAACAACUGAAAAAACAAAGCAAACUGAAGACACUGGAAAGCACAAAGUCAAAAUCUUCAAACGAGAAUCUGGUGAUGGGAAGAGCUUUUUGGAGUCCAGAGACUUGGACACUAAAAAAGCACAACAUGUUCCUGCUCGGAAAGUUUCACAAACUGCUGUAAUUCCUCGUCGGUCCCCUGAAGAUAAAAAUGAAAAAACAAGUAAAGAAUCCCUUAGUGUGGUUGAGAGAUCCAUGAAAUCAGGUGUUCAUGAGAAACAAGAUGUUAAGAAAAAGAAGACUGAGAAAGGGUCUGUUAGUGCAACACACCUGCCAGCUGUGCCAGCUUCCAAACCUUCUGCUGAUCAGAUAAGACAAAGUGUCAAGCAGUCUCUUAAGGAAAUUCUGAUGAAAAGAUUGACAGACUCCAGUUUAAAGAUUCCCGAGGAGAGAGCAGCAAAAGUUGCCACAAGGAUUGAAAGAGAACUCUUUUCCUUUUUUCGGGACACUGACUCAAAGUAUAAGAACAAGUACAGAAGUUUAAUGUUCAAUCUAAAAGAUCCUAAAAAUAAUAUAUUAUUUAAGAAAGUACUGAAAGGAGAGGUUACUCCAGAGCAUCUGAUAAGAAUGAGUCCAGAAGAACUAGCUUCCAAAGAACUGGCUGCUUGGAGACAGAGGGAAAACAGACAUACAAUUGAAAUGAUAGAGAAAGAACAGAGGGAAGUUGAAAGAAGACCUAUCACGAAAAUUACUCACAAAGGAGAAAUAGAAAUUGAAAGUGAAACUCCGAUGAAAGAACAAGAAGAAGUUAUGGAAAUUCAGGAACCUAAUGUGAAGUUGUUUGAGAAGUCAGAGGAAGCUGAAAAAGAUAAAGACGUAAAUGAAUCUGCAUCUACAGAUACCACAAGUCAACAUAAAAAUCAUCUCUUUGAUCUUAACUGCAAAAUCUGCAUAGGCCGGAUGGCACCGCCUACUGAUGACCUGUCUGCGAAAAAAGUGAAAGUCUCGGUUGGAGUUGCGAGGAAGCAGUCAGACAAUGAAGCAGAGAGCAUUGCAGAUGCUCUUUCUUCAACAUCGAGUAUUUUAGCUUCAGAAUUACUGGAAGAUGACAAGCAAGACUCAUCAAAGUCAUCAUUAACGCCUCUCCCAAAAUCGGAAACACCUGGUACUGUGGAAUGUGAAAGUCUGUUUCUGGCACGCCUGAAUUUCAUCUGGAAGGGUUUUAUCAAUAUGCCAUCAGUGGCAAAGUUUGUUAUUAAGGCUUAUCCAGUGUCUGGCUCAUUUGAGUAUUUAACAGAGGAUUUACCUGAUAGUAUUCAAGUAGGUGGCAGGAUAUCUCCUCACACAGUCUGGGAAUACGUAGAAAAAAUCAAAGCAUCAGGGACCAAGGAGAUCUGUGUAGUUCGCUUUACCCCAGUAACUGAAGAGGAUCAGAUAUCUUAUGCAUUGUUGUUUGCCUACUUCAGCAGUAGAAAACGUUAUGGUGUAGCAGCAAAUAACAUGAAGCAAGUGAAAGAUUUGUACCUCAUCCCUUUAGGGUCCUCAGAUAAAGUCCCACAUCAUCUUGUGCCUUUUGAUGGGCCUGGAAUUGAACUACAUCGACCAAAUUUAUUACUGGGAUUGAUAAUUCGACAGAAAAUGAAGAGGCAGAUUACUGCUGUUACAAACGUUACUAGUAGUUUUGUGGAUGAGCCUUCUGAAAGUACCUUGCCACCAGAGAAGAAGAGCAAGCCAAGUAAACCUGAAGUCUCUCAUCACGAGGUGGCACUAGAAGAAGAGGAGGAAAAUGAUUUUUUUAAUUCCUUUACUACUGUGCUCCACAAGCAGAGAAAUAAGCCUCAGCAAUCUAACGUAGAAGAUGUUCCAUCAGUUACUGAACCGUUGGUGGAAAGUACCAAACAUGAACCACCAAAGCCUCUCAGAUUUCUUCCUGGAGUCUUGGUUGGAUGGGAAAAUCAGCCUUCUACUCUGGAGCUAGCAAACAAACCAUUGCCAGUGGAUGACAUUCUUCAAAGCCUGUUGGGUACAACAGGACAGGCAUAUGAGCAGAGCAAGUCAGAAGCGAGUCCUGCUGAAGACAUACCGUUACUAAAUGAACAGACAGCCUUAAAAGAAGAAAACAUGGAUGUUGCUGAUGUAACAACUGAAGUUAGUGAAGCAAAGACUGGUUUAGAUGAUCAACAAGAAUCCAACAGUGCUGCUGUAACUGUGGAUGCAGCAGCUGUGGGGACCUCAAGUUCUGCAAGAAGUGCUGGACCUUUGGUUGGACUGAGUCUCAAGGGAAAGCCCCCAGAUGUCUCCACAGAGGCAUUUUUAGCAAACUUAUCGUCUCAGUCACAAAAUAAAGAAACUGAAGAAAGUAAAGAAAAUGACCUAAAGCGGCAGUUAACUGACAAGGAUAAUGUAGCACAGGAAGCUAGAAGGACCACAAAUUCCAGCUUGUCGUCUUCCUCAACAAACACAGGGAAAAAGCCCAGCGAGAACACCGUUAACGUAGGCUCUGCUGAAGGUGCCACUGCUAAUACCUCUAAAUCGCCACCAUUUAUUAAUCUUAAGAGAGACCCACGGCAGGCAGCUGGCCGAAGCCAGCAGACGAACCCUUCGGAAAACAAAGAAGGGGAUGUCGGCAAAAACGAAGACCGACAGAAUGCCUCAGGAAAUGAUCAAACGGAACCAGAGAAUAAACAGUCCUCUGGAGAGGCGGGCGCAACUGCGUAUCAGGGUGAGGCGCAGGGCGACGAGACACAGUUCGCUUCAGCUGCAGCCAAAGCAGAGGCCGCGGCUGCGUCGCAAGCGGAAGACACCAAACACUCACAGGAAGAUGCACUGAUGCAAAGCAUUGAAACAGUGAACUCAUUUAGAAGAGGACCAACAGCAACUUCAUCUCAUUUUGAAACUGAAAACUCUUCCCGUUCUGAAUUUAUUUCCAAAGUCCCAAACCCUGUUACAAGCGGCAACUUCUCGCCUGUCAGACCUCCACAGCAGAAUUUUCAGCAUUCUAAAUCUAACCCGCCUGGAUUUCAGUUUCAGGCUCCUGCACCUCAUAACUUCCCUCCGCAAAACAAUCCUAUGUUUGGAUUUCCUCCUCAUUUGCCACCUCCGCUUCUCCCUCCUCCUGGCUUCGGUUUCCCUCAAAAUCCAAUGAUGCCGUGGCCACCAGUAGCUCAUUUAUCGGGUCAUCCGCAACACUUUGCCGGGCCCAUUGCCCAAGGGCUACAAGUGGCUCACAAACAAUCAAGGUUUUUGGGUCCAGAAAAUUUUUUUCAGAGUAAAGACAGCAGGAGACCAGAAAGACGCCACAGUGAUCCGUGGGGCAGGCAAGAACAGCAUUUGGAGAGAGGGUUCAGUAGAGGAAAAAAUGAUCAACAGAGACAAAGAUUUUACAGUGAAUCCCAUCACCAAAAGAAAGACAGACACGAAAAAGAGUGGAACAAUGAAAAAUACUGGGAGCAAGAUUCUGAAAGAAAUAGGCGCAGAGACAGAAACCAGGAAAAGGAGAGAGAGAGGAAGAGUAGAGAGGAAGGACAGAGAGACAAAGAAAGAUUGCGAUCUCCACACAGUGAUAGGGCUGCUGAUGGAAAAAGCCCUAGAGAGACUAGAAAUCCAGAAAAAAAGACAGAGAAGCCUAAAAGCGAAGAGCAGGCUCAUGAAAAAGAUAAGGAGAGGGAGAAGAGCAAAGAGAAGCAUAGAGAACGAGAAAGUGAAAAGAACAGAGAGAGACAUAGGGACCACAGUGACAGAACUAAAAGCAAGAGGUAAAAAGAUGCAGGCAGUCUUUUAAAAUCCUAUUUAAAUAAACUGUUAAGAGUAAUGUCAUAAAACUUUGUAUAAACAAAACAAGCCUGCUAGGAUUGUGCCAUCUUUUUUAUUCGUUGUUGGUGUUUUGCAGAAACAAGUCUGUGUUUUGGUACCACUCUAUGUACCAGUACUCAUCCUUUUUUUCAUUAUACCAACUGUCGCUAGAAGUAGGAGUUUAAUAUUUUUAAAGAAUUUACAUUGCUGUAUAUUCAAAAAUUUUACAGAUUUCUUUUAUUAAUAUGCAAUAAAGGCUUAGAACUUUUCUUAGCUGAUGAAGUUGGCUUUAGUCAAGUCUGCAAUAUAGUUGCUGCCUUUGGUAAUUUGUGCUCUCUUCUGUUUUAAGAUGCUCUGGUAAUUUUAAAGGUGAAUUUCAUACAAAAACCUUCUUUUUAAAUUGCACUGUUUUUAAAGACUGUAGCAAAGCUUCAGAAUCCACACAGGUUACAACAAACUACAAUACUCUUGGUGGUGUGAAGAGUUUUUUUUUUAAAGUUACUCAGUAGUUCAAUAAAAUAAUUCAAGUGUAUUUCGUUAGUUUUUCAAGUAAUUCCUAAGCAUCUGAAGCAGUUUGUGACCAGAAAUUGGAAGGCUGAGCUGCUCGAAUGUUAUUCCUUUAAACUGCACUUGUUUUAAUAAGAAAGCAUUUUUUAACCUAAGUUCUUGAAAAUAUGAUUUGUAGUAGUAAAUCCAUUUCUCCCACCAUUUUCCAUGCUUCAAAAACUUGAAUACCUAAGCUUGUACAUUACUUUGUGUUUUGCUAUCCUUUUUACUGUAAAAUGUAAAUAUUUUAAGGGAUAUUUUGAUUCUAAAAUGAUAAAACUUUCUGACAUAC